CGAUAAACACCUUCACCACCAACAAAGCAACAAGGAAAAAAAAUGCCGGAAGAAACGAACAAAAUCGACCUGUCUGGAGAUGGUGGAGUGCUCAAGGAAAUCUUGAAAGAGGGUACCGGGAACGAGACCCCGCACAGUGGAUGCACUGUCUCCAUGCACUAUACCGGCCGCCUGGUCGAUGGCACAGAAUUCGAUUCGAGCGUGAGCCGCAAUGAGCCCUUUGAAUUUGCGCUCGGCAAAGGCAAUGUUAUCAAAGCCUUCGACAUGGGAGUGGCCACCAUGAAGCUGGGGGAGCGCUGUUUCUUGACAUGUGCUCCCAACUAUGCCUACGGCUCUGCCGGUAGUCCGCCCACCAUUCCGCCAGACUCCACGCUGAUCUUUGAGUUGGAAAUGCUGGGCUGGAAGGGCGAGGAUUUGAGCCCAAACCAAGACGGAAGCAUUGGCCGCAUCAUUCUGGAGCCGAGCGAUAAAAAGCGGUCUCCCACCGAUGGUGCCUUCGUCAAGGCCCAUAUUUCUGGUUCUUUCGAGGGUAAAGUGUUUGAGGAACGCGAUGUGGAGUUCGAUUAUGGCGAGGGCAGUGCUAUCGGUCUAGUGGAUGGAGUGGAGAUGGCACUGGAGAAGAUGAACAUAGGAGAGACUUCCAGAAUCACAAUUAAACCAAUGUAUGCCUUUGGCGUCACGGGCAAUGAGGCAUUUAAGAUUCCACCCAACGCCACAGUCGAGUACAAGGUGAAGCUGAUCGACUGCGGCAAGGGUCUGGAGGAGUGGAAGCUGAGCGACACCGAGCGCAUCGACGAGGCCAAGGUGUACAAGGAGAAGGGCACCAACUACUUCAAGAAGGAGAACUGGGGCCUCGCCAUCAAGAUGUACACCAAGUGCAAGAAUCUGCUGCCGAACAGCGCCGACACCAACGAGGAGGUGAAGAAGCUAAAGGUGGCCACGCACAGCAACAUUGCGCUGUGCCACCAGAAGUCCAACGAUCACUUCGAGGCCAAGGUGGAGUGCAAUGCUGUGCUCGCCCUGGAGGCCAACAAUGUGAAGGCUCUCUAUCGUCGCGGACAAUGCAACCUGAUCAUCAAUGAGCUGGAAGAUGCCCUGGAGGACUUCCAAAAGGUUAUUCAAUUGGAGCCUGGCAACAAGGCCGCUGCCAACCACGUGGUCAUCUGCAGGCAGAAAAUCAAAGAGACCAAAACCAAGGAGAAGAAGCUGUAUGCUAACAUGUUUACCAAGCUGGCGGCCAACGACAAAGAGACCGAACCACCGCGCGAAACAGAUGUGCUCAGUAAAUGCGGCGAAUGGUCCGAGGAGGACGCCAAACGCGAGGCUGAUCUAACGCUUGAACGCGACAAUAUAAUUAUGAUCUAGCCGAGGACAAAGGCGAUCAAUUGUUUAGCAUUUUAAGUACUUUUCCUAAAUAUUUCCACAUCGAAAAUCGAACAAAUCCAAUAAUGUAACAAGAAAAAA